AUGGGCUACGCAGGCCGAACGCACAAGCUGAGCGCUGCAAUGAGGCGCGUGGAUGACGACACUCGUAAUGAAGUGCGCAAUGCUCGACUGGACGCCCUGGAAGCAGAUAAUUUCGGUGAAGAUGCGGACGAAGGUGACGGAACUCAAGAUGGGGACGAAGCGUACGUGGACGAGGAGGAAGGAGGGGCCGGCACUGCAGCGUCAGGCAGGGAGCCUGUUAGGAAGAAGAGGAGGGUGGCUGCUUCGAGCAAGAAGAAGUGGAAGGUCAAGAGUCUGGCCCAGUUGGUCUUCGAGGAGCUGGGCAAUGGCGACAACGCAGAAGGACCCAACUACUUGACGGCGGCAGUGGGCCCGCCCACGCACCCGCCACGCAGGUUUUGCUGUGUUUGUGGGUUUUUCGCCAACUACAACUGCAGACGAUGCGGAUCGAGGUAUUGCAGUGUGGGGUGUGGCGACCAGCACAAGGAGAGUGGGUGCAUGAAGUUUGGGCUUUAA